AGAUGCGAAAGUGGUGCAAGUUGGGAGGACCACACCACCUACCAGCCAACGGUACUGUUCAAACGAACGAAACACCACAAGGGCUCGAUUUACUGCAUGGCUUGGUCCCCGGUGGGCGACCUGAUAGCGACCGGUUCCAACGACAAAACCGUAAAACUGAUGCGCUUCAACGAAAACCAAAAACAGCUGGAAGGCCAAGAGAUCGAACUCACGAUGCAUGACGGAACGGUUCGGGAUCUGUGCUUCCUGGAGGACACCUCCAACAAGUCCAGCCUGCUGAUCAGUGGCGGUGCAGGCGAUUGCAAAAUCUAUGUUACCGAUUGCGAAACCUCUACUCCGUUUCAAGCUCUGAGCGGACACGGGGGACAUGUGCUGUCGCUGUACAACUGGGGCAGUGUGAUGUUCGUCUCCGGAUCGAUGGAUAAAACCGUCCGGUUCUGGGAUUUGCGGACGCGUGGUUGCGUCAAUAUGGUUACCCCUGCUACGUCACCCGGUUCACGGCAAGGUUCCCCAGUGGCCGCGGUUUUGUGUCGAUCCCUCGGGCCGUCUUUUGGUUUCAGGUCAUGAAGACAGUUCAUGUGUGCUGUACGAUAUCCGGGGUAACCGACCGAUUC